AUGGCGCCAACAAAGGGUGACAAGAAGACUGCCGAGAAGAAGCCAUCGACAGCAGACAAGAAGCCAUUGAAGGCCGAGAAGAAGCUUCCUAAAGAAGGCGUUUCAAGUGCCGGAAUAGAGAAAAAGAAGAAAAAGAGCAAGAAGAGCGUCGAGACAUACAAAAUCUACCUCUUCAAGGUUUUGAAACAAGUUCAUCCUGAUAUCGGUAUCUCUGGAAAAGCCAUGGGGAUCAUGAAUAGUUUUAUCAGCGACAUCUUCGAGAAGCUCGCUCAGGAAUCUUCUCGUCUCGCUCGUUACAACAAAAAACCGACAAUCACUUCUCGUGAGAUUCAGACUGCUGUUAGGCUAGUGUUGCCUGGUGAGUUGUCGAAACACGCGGUUUCUGAGGGUAAAUUAAUAAAUCUUCAUUGGUGUAACCUGUCUCAUCAGACCAAAAUAAAUUCUCAAUCUCCCGAAAAAUAUCUUGGCAAGUCUGCAACAUUGUCUUCUCCUGAUGACAACGUUAUAUCUGUUGAUCCAUCAUGCUGCAGUUCCAUGUCCUUCCCUACCCAUUUGAAGGCUAUAUCUGCUAUGAAAGGUAGUCGUAAGAAAGGGGGCGUGGUUCCAAAGUAACAAAUUAAAAGAACUCAUUUUUUAAACUUUGCCAAACACCCUAUUAAUGAAGAAUCAAAAUAACAGGAGCAAAUCCUCACAAGGAAGUAAACCUAUUUCUAAGAACAUCUUCAAAGGGUUGCAUAAAGGCUGUAAGGGGCUGAGGUGGAGUGGUAUAGUUUUUCUUUUAUUUAUUUAAUUUUUUUAUAAUAAGGUAGAGUGAUAGGUUUUGGAGUUCUAUGAUCAUACCAUGGUUGUAAGGAUUUUUUUUUCCCGAUAAAUAUAUAAAAAAUGAGAUAGAUCUAAGGUGAGGUGGAGUGGUAUAAUUUUUUUAAUGAAUCGCAGAGAUUUUAAGGCUCUUCAGAGUGGAUUUGGCAUCCUCGGCCCGAUGUCUUGGUGAGCUUUUACCCAUAAGAGAG